AUGAAGAAAAAGAAGGAGCGCGACUUCUCGACGAAGAAGGUGCGCGUCGGCCGCGAGCAGUUCCGCAAGCACGCCAGCAGCGAUGCGCGGCUCCUCGCCAACAUCGGCCAGCUGAAGAAGACCGUGAAACUCUCGACCCAAUCCAUCGUCGUGAACAAGGAUCGCCUCAAUGUGACUUCGAGGCGACUCACGUUGGCAGAGUUGAUCGGCAAGUCUCGGCACUCAUCUGAGUCCGUGCAACUCCAUGCGCUGUCCGGGAUACUCGAGUUUUCCAGACGAUUCAGGGACGACACGCGGCUGAACCUGUUCUCCAUCGUCCAGGUAUCGGGCGCUUGUCUGCUAUCCGGCCAUCAUGGAGUUCGCAAGCAGGCCCGCUCGCUGCUUUUGGCGGUGUUGGAGCAAUUUAACAUAAAGAGUGCACGCAAUGCCGCCAAUCUGGCCAUCACCGCUGGAGCAGUGGCGGAAGGUAGCGGGCAUGGCGUGACGAAUGACGCCAGCGGAUCCUCGACCGCUCAUGGGGCUGGCGGCACGGGUGACAAGUGCGAGGAGUGCUUGGCGCUGUACCUCUUUCAGGGCGUGGUAUCGUCGAACGACGUGAUACGAUCGGAUGUUUAUCGCACAGUUAUAUCGAUUUUGGACAGGUUUCCCUUCAUGAUUGCGAAUCAUGUUGACUACCUCAUCGCCAAGCUGGUCAAAAAUCACCCCGACCCGCCGACGUCCGCCCACAUUGACUGCUUGUACGCUCUCGUCAAAUUCAGGCAGGGUUGCGAAGACAGCGUGAGGCCAGCGCUGGUGGAUUACCUCUGCAAGGUGCUUGAAUAUACCCUUGUCGAGGGGCCGUCUGCCACGUCGGAGUUAGCGUGCCUGAGCGUAGCGUCAAUGACCGUGAAAAGCCUCAAAGCGAUCACGCUGAACACCGCGGGCAUUAGGUACGACGACGCCAGGCUGCUUAAGGCGCUGUUAUGUUGCAAUCUGUAUGAGUACGAGGGUCUGACUGAAAGGGGGCAGCAGACGCUGGACGCAUUGUUCACCGAGUUUGUUCUGUCACGCAGCGAGCUCGGGCUCAUGUGUGCCGACAUAUUUCGAUCGCACCACCUGAUACUCAUGGUGCCCCUAAUCCAUCUCUACACCCUGCGCAACACAAUCUGCCAGGACCACGCUCCGAGAAUCGCGGGCAUCAUUAUGCGGGCGAUGGCGGCGAGCACGGAGCAUUUCGAGCUGCAAAACAUCGGGGCGCUCAAGCCUGAGUGGCGCGAGCAGCUGCUCAGACUGAUGCCCACCGACUCAGCUGUCCUCCACACGCUUCGCGCUGCGCUGCAGGAGAGCAUGCCGUACGGUUCCCAGCAUCUCAGGCAAUUCGAUGUUAGCACUAUCGAAAAUGCAAACUUGACCGUGUACAGUGGCGAUGUAAGUUGUGGAAACGCCUUCGAAGAGCUCUGUAAAGGCCUAAUUGAGUCCAUAUCGCAGCGGAUCGAAAUGUUACCCGUGAUCGCGGCGGCCCGGAUGGUGCCUCUCGCCCUUUGCACGGAGGUAUUUUGCCAUGCGAGAUCCUUCUCAAAGAAUUUCGGCUAUUUGAAACACCUCCCGGCCGAUUACGAGGUCCGAAGGGAAAUUCCGUGUGACCUAGAUGGAUAUUUGGUCCGCCUCAUUGACACGGCUGACAAGAACGCUGUGGCGCUGCUGCUAACGACGCUGCUGCACAUGUCGAGACUGCCUGACAAAAUACCGGAACGCGAAUUCGCGGCUAAGUUUCUUAACCCGGAUUCGAUCCGACAGAUGCGCGAACACGAAUUAUCUCUGGUGGCCCGUGUCGUUCUCAAUUGCUCGCACAGUGCAGAGAUUGUGCCGCAGCUGAUGGAUUUACUCAGGUUAAGGCUGCGUGACCCUACUUUGUGCCCGCACGAUGCCGCUAAACGGUUAAUCGACGGUCUGUUGUACCACCUGUUCGGCGGUGAGGCGCUUACGACGCAGGGACCGGCAGCCGGCAUAGACGAGCACCUGGUGCAGGUAAACCGCGUUAUGGGAGCCAUUUGCGGCGAAUCCAGCGUGCUGGAGUCGCAGAUGACCACUGACAGCCUCGAUUUGAUCGAGCAUGCCAUGUGCAGCUGCAUCGUCGGAUCACUGGAGCGGCUGCUCAAGAGCCCGAGCAACAACGUGUGGACCGUUGCGGAGGGUCACGCGAUAAUAUUCCGCCGGUGUCUGAUCCCAGAGUGUGAGAAGCUGCUCGAAAAGGGGCUGUGCAAUGUAGCGCUCUGCAUUCUCAACACGGGUCUGCUGCCGCAUUUGCGGUCAUGCGCAACAGCCGUGCAACCGUCGGCGCAUACCACCGGUGCUGCCGCCACCGUCGGUGCGUCAGGCACUCAAAUGCUAGUCGAACACGCCCUGCCGCAGUCAGACAGGCCUGAAUGGAUGCAGAAGAUCCUGGAAUCAAACGCCGUUCAGCGGUGCUCCGAGGCGCUGCUCAACAGGCUGCCCGCAGGCGACAAUGCGGAGGCCACCGUCGCCAGAUUAUGCAGCACGGUCGCACAUAUUUUAAUUUAG